UCGGCAACAUGGCAGCCAUGAUACAGCUGGUUUGCUUAGACGUGUUUCCGAGUCAUAUAAACCCUUUACAUGUUCUUGUUUCCAAAUAUCAGUUCAGCCAUUUAUUUCCCAAUAUUGGCGAGUCCACCUGCGUGCUUUUGUUGUCGACACAGAGACGGAAUUCUCCUUCUAGGGCAGAUAUUUUGCUCUGUGCGCACCUAACCACAGAAGAAGAGACACCGGAGUGUAGACCAGUCGCAGAUUACAGUACGCCUCUGAAGCUUUACACUAGCAAGAAUUUCUACCGACAUUAUGGAUUUCCUCUGGACACCGAGGGAACCGUGCGUUUAACAUCACCGGUAGGACUGAGUAAAAUUGUGAUAGGUGCACGAAGCAGGCAAACCUUUAAAUGGGCGAGUUCUGAUAAGUUCUCAAAUGGAUUGCUAAUACUGGCGUCCUGUCAGAAACAAACACUUUUGGCCAGACAAGGUGACGUCCUGUUGCUGCCCUAUCAUCCACUGUUCGGAGAAGAUGCGGCACAAGUGUACCAGCAUCUGUUUGACUUGGUUGUGUUGGAAUGCGCGCCUGUCACACAGGGAGUCUUUACGAUAAGCACCAGCGUGCUUGUCACAGACUGCAGGGAUCUGGCACAGAAUCCGAGCGUCCUGGAGCUACCCAACCACGCGCCUAUGACCAGGGCUCUAACUACACUGUACGCGUCGGAUUUCGCACAUUAUGCAAAUAGCCUCGGUGGUAGUUCUCUGUUAGAUAAUAAGCAGUUGCUGAAUACUGGAUUCUCGGCUGUUCUUCAAGCAUUGGAAUGCAGGAUUGAUGUGAGAGUUGUUGAUAUUCCAAGUCUGACCAGGCAAAGGAGAAUCAGACCAAAGGUGGAUCAGGCGUCUGCAAUGGACGCGGACGGUUCAGUUUUCAUGAGCAAGAAUUUACUGCUCAAACUGGGCCUGUUCAACCAGGAGUGGGUUGUGGUUUCAGUGACAGGCCUCCAGGCUGACAGAAAUAAAGCCUGCGUCCCGCAGAGCCCGGCGGACGGGGACGGGGCGCGGGGCCGGGGGGGUGCUCACCUCGCCGCCGUAGUAGUGGCAGACUUUGUGAAAUGUGCAGAUCUGGACCUGCAGGACCAGGUGGGCUACGUCUCGCCUGCGCUGUGGUUCAACCUGUCCCGGGGAGAGCCUGUGCCCGUCAGCGGCCGUGUGGUGAAGAUAAAGAGACGCAACGAGCCACCUCCCCGCCCGGCGACACAGCUUUCAGAGAGCCAAUCACGCACCGCGUCUCCGCCUUUCGCCGCAGAGCUCCACCUGGAGGGGGUCGUGUCUCCGGACUACAACUGCCAUGGCGUCUUCGACAGUGUCCUCUCUGACCACUUCCGUACUCCUAGGUUGGUGCAGCAGGGAGAUGUGCUCUGUGUUCCCACAGAGGGACACCCUGAGGUCCUAUCCAGCAACACAGAGGGAUUCAGAAGGUGGCCCGUUCUGUGCUGUAGAGUGAAGAAGGUGUGUGUCAGCUCUGAAGAGGUCACCGGCUCCGGUCCGAUUGGGUUUCUGGCAGAUAAAGACCACACCUCUCUGUACAUGGGGGUGCCGGUGAACAGCCCGGUGCCACAUUCCUCUCUGGAUGAAGCACUGUCGUUCUGGGCUAGCCUGUCUCCCCCUGGGCUCUCCAACACGGCCGAGCAUCUGACUUCCAUCCUGCAGCCGUACAGCAGCACGAGCUCUGCUGCCCUGCCGGGUGUGUGCAGUCUCCUGCUGUCAGGCCCCAGGGGGAGCGGGAAAACCACAGUGCUCAGAGCGGCCUGUCGCAGGUUACACCAGCACCUGGUACAGGUGGACUGCGUCUCUCUCUGCGCAGACACGCCGGCUGCCUGUGAGGUGAGGUUGCAGACGGCGUUCUCCCGUGCAGCGCGGCUCACGCCCUGCGUGCUGUUGCUUAGGAACCUGCAUCUGCUAGGCCAAGUGCAGGGCGGGGCUGAGCCGGACGCCAGAGUGCUGGCUUUCCUGUGCCAGCUCAUCAACAGCGCCCCCCAGAGUGUUGCCGUGGUAGCCACAGUGUGUGAUCCGCAGGAGCUGUGGCCGGAUGUGACGGCAGCGUUUGUCCACCAGGUGGUGAUGGAGAGCCCUACAGAGGAGCACAGGAGGGCAAUGCUAGCCAGCCUGAGUGCAGGCCUGCCCCUGGGCAAAGCCCUGAGCCUGGGCCGGCUGGCCAAGCAGACUGCAGGGUUUCUCUUGGGGGACUUGUGUGCAUUAGUGACACUCGCUGGCAAAGCCGCCCACAGAAGGGUUCUGGAUUUAUGUUUCCCAGGAGGGGUGUCUGCAGGGCAGGAGCGGGACCUGCGGGCGUUCGGCGUGACCGUCCUGCUGCAGGACUUCGCUGGCGCUCUGGAGCAGCUGCAGAAGAGCCACGCUCAGGCCAUUGGUGCCCCAAAGGUCCCCGCGGUGCGCUGGCAGGAUGUGGGCGGCCUGCAGCAGGUGAAGAAGGAGAUCCUGGACACCAUCCAGCUCCCUUUGGAGCGCCCGGAGCUGCUCUCCCUGGGGCUGCGGCGUUCCGGCCUGCUGCUCUAUGGACCGCCGGGAACCGGGAAGACCCUCCUUGCCAAGGCUGUGGCCACAGAGUGCGCCAUGACCUUCCUCAGUGUUAAAGGUCCAGAACUCAUCAACAUGUAUGUUGGCCAAAGUGAGCAGAAUGUCAGAGAAGUGUUUAGUAAAGCUCGAGCAGCCUCUCCCUGCAUCAUCUUUUUUGAUGAGCUUGACUCUCUGGCGCCCAACAGGGGGCGCAGUGGAGACUCGGGAGGAGUGAUGGACCGGGUGGUGUCACAGCUUUUGGCUGAACUCGAUGGGCUGCACUCCUCCGGUGAUGUGUUUGUGAUUGGAGCAACCAACCGUCCUGAUCUGCUUGACCAAUCCCUGCUGAGGCCUGGCAGGUUUGAUAAACUGGUCUAUGUUGGGAUCAGUGAAGAUAAGGACUCUCAGCUCCAGGUCCUGAAGGCCAUUGUGAGAAAGUUCCAGGUGGAUCCGGGCGUGAGCCUGGCGGCAGUGGUGGAGUGCUGCCCCGCCCAGCUGACGGGGGCAGACCUCUAUGCCCUGUGCGCCGAUGCCAUGACGACCGCCAUCAAGCGCAAAAUCCGCAACAUCGGCGAAGGUUUGGACACAGAGGGGUCUGCGCUAAUGCUAACAGCGGAGGACUUCGCACAGGCACUGGAGAGGCUGCAGCCAUCUGUGUCAGAGCAAGACCUUGCCAAGUACAGACUCAUUCAACAGAAAUUCACCACAAAAUAGGCCCUCCUAGUCAAAAUACUACCCCUUUCAAAGCCAGCCAAUUACAAGGCAGUGCUGGGCCACUCUACACCAAUCAUAGGCCAGUGAUGGGGGUGUCUACACCAGUGCUGGAGGGCCGCAGUGUCCUGGAGGGCCACAGUGUCUGCGGGUUUAACUCCAGUCCUGGAAGGCCGUAGUGUCUGCAGGUUUAACUCCAGUCCUGGAGGGCCACAGUUUCUGCAGGUUUAACUCCAGUCCUGGAGGGCCGCAGUGUCUGCAGAUAUAACUCCAGUCCUGGGGGGCUGCAGUGUCUGCAGGUUUAACUCCAGUCCUGGAGGGCCGCAGUGUCUGCAGGUUUAACUCCAGUCCUGGAGGGCCGCAGUGUCUGCAGGUUUAACUCCAGUCCUGGAGGGCCCAGGGUCUGCAGGUUUAACUCCAGUCCUGGAGGGCGCAGUGUCUGCAGGUAUUUGUGGUUUCCUUUCAUUCAGCAGCCAGUUAAGGCCUUGAGAACAAGGUGUGUGGACUCUUUAGCCAAUGAAAGAUUAAAAUUCAUCAGUCGUCUGAAACACACCAAAACCAGCAGACACUGCAGCCCUCCAGGACUGGAGUUUGACACCCCUGGUCUACACCAAUCAUUUUAAUUGAAAUAGAGGCACUGUUAAUCCUGGAGGCUGUUAAUUUAGCCCAAUGGGCAACACAAGCAAAAAAUGUCAUUUAACAACCAAGAGGUACAGCAAAACUGCAACUUUUACUCAACAGAAGAAAUAUGAUAUUCAUUAAGGUGAAGGUCUCCGGUAACUGUCACUGUUUCCCUGAUGUAAUUAAAUAAAAUACAAACAGAGGAAUGAUAGAAAGAAAAUCCGUAAACUGGACAUUUUCACCAGAUAUAUAAAGACAGAUCUUAAGCUCUAACAGAGGAACACGUUUGAAGGGGAGUAGACUUGUUCCAUUAAACACCAUUAGCUCUUAACUGUAUGAUUGGUAGGAUUCUUAUUCUUUGAAUUAUUUGAUUAAUCUUAAUUUUCUGACCAUUAAAAUGUUCCUUCUUGGACAUGCUCAUUAAUAUAAAGUAAAUAAUUAUGAAUUGAUAUGUGGCUGGUGGCUUAAAAUAUGUCAUUGUUUUAUGCCACUGAUUGGCUACAGAACCUGAACAGGUGGCUGAUGGGUAAUGGCAUCUGUUGUUGCUGUUGGUCUUUACAAGACCUAGAUGCUUAUUUUAGUUUCCUACUGUGGUUCUGCUAUGAUUUUGGAUUGGCGAAGUGUGUGCUUUGCUUAUUGGCUCGACACUGCUAACAAUCCACAGUUACUGCUGGAUAUGUAGAUCCAUGUACUUUACCCCAAAUGAUCCUCGAUUGGCCUUCGCCAUUUUCACAAAAUGGUUAGGCUAAUAAUCCAGUCGGGGAAAUUGAUUUUAGCACUCUCUUACUCCCUGAAGCUCAGUUAAUCUAAACAAACCAGCACAAAAAGAAAUCUCCAGAGAUCACAGGACUAUUGAUUGUUAUUCAGAUAAAUGUUGGCACUGAAUGUAAAUAACUUACAAUCACACUCUGUAAUAUAAGGAAUCAUAAAUAAAUGUGUAUUUAAGAGAUGAUGUACAUAUUGCUGUGUA